AGGAACUUUCCAUCAGCAUAUCAGUGUCCAACUCCCAGAUACAAGAAAAUGUGGAUAUCAGUUCAGUGUAUCAGAUCUUUGCAGACGAGGUCCUCGGCUCCGGACAGUUCGGGAUCGUUUACGGAGGAAAACACAGGAAGAGCGGCAGAGACGUCGCGAUAAAAAUCAUCGACAAAAUGAGGUUUCCCACCAAACAGGAGAGUCAGCUGAGGAACGAGGUGGCCAUUCUCCAGAACCUCCACCACCGCGGUGUCGUCAACCUGGAGUGCAUGUUUGAGACGCCUGAACAGGUGUUUGUCGUCAUGGAGAAGCUCCACGGCGACAUGUUGGAGAUGAUUUUAUCCAGCGAGAAGAGUCGACUCCCUGAGCGUCUCACCAAGUUCCUGGUCACACAGAUCCUCGUGGCCCUCAGACAUCUUCACUUCAAGAACAUCGUCCACUGUGACCUGAAGCCCGAGAACGUCCUCCUGGCCUCAGCAGAACCGUUUCCUCAGGUGAAACUCUGUGACUUCGGCUUCGCUCGCAUCAUCGGGGAGAAGUCUUUCCGUCGCUCGGUGGUCGGCACUCCGGCUUAUUUGGCGCCUGAGGUUCUUCGCAGCAAAGGCUACAACCGAUCCCUGGACAUGUGGUCGGUCGGCGUCAUCGUCUACGUCAGCCUGAGCGGGACGUUUCCCUUCAACGAAGACGAAGAGAUCGACCACCAGAUCCAGAACGCCGCCUUCAUGUACCCGCCCAACCCCUGGAAGGAGAUCUCCGAGCAGGCCACAGACCUGAUCAACAACCUGCUGCAGGUGAAGAUGAGGAAGCGCUACAGCGUGGACAAGUCGCUGAGUCACCCCUGGCUGCAGGACUACCAGACCUGGCUGGACCUCAGGGAGUUUGAGACCCGUCGAGGCGAGCGCUACAUCACCCAUGACAGCGACGACGCCCGCUGGGAGGAGCACGCCGACGAGAACGGGCUGCACUACCCCAAACACUUCAUCAUGUCACCAAACUUGGACGACAUGGAGGAGGACCCCUAGUGGCUGCAAGAGGAUGGACGCUUCCUACGAUGAAGCAGCAGACCCCCGAGGAGUCCCUCAGCUGCUGCAGUGGUCGCUAUGAAGACCUUGGUCACUGUCACCAUGGAGACAGACAGCUGUCGGCAUGGCAGCACGGGACAAUGUGGGCGACGAGGCCGUGCUGGUCAGGUACACGGUGAGAAAUCAGGUCCAGAGGAAGUUUUCAAUGCAUUUCAUCUUUUUCCAAUUCUUUUUUCUACAAACUGUAAAAAACAUCCUGAGAACUGAAGAUUUAAUAUUCAGACUUUUAAAAACCGCUCGAUCUUUUCUUCCUGUUGAGACAGAGAAACGCUCAACGAACGACAAAACCAGAGACUUAAUGUUCGGACAGAAUAUUUUCACUACGUGAUUCUUCUCAUGAAGCUGUUUCACACAUUUAGUUCAACAAACGCAGAAGAAACAAAUACGUCUGAAAGAAAUUGUGACUUUUAUGUUUUGUUGAUGUUUUUGUUGUUUGCACUUUUGGGGGAAAUCUUUUAAAAAUGAGAAAUUCACUUUUUUGUUCUUCUGUAAUAUGACAAAACAUUUUCUGAAGUUUCUGAAGAUUUUGGUUUUGUUUUCUAAGAUGAGGAUGAAACUUUACACAAAUCAAUCUGCGAUCGUCGUGUCUGAGAAAAAACAACAACCGGACUCUCGAGCAUCAUUGAUCCAGAUCUGAUUCCAGCCUGAGAAUUUCAUUUCACGUUUUAUAUUUUUGCAAGAGACUUUGUGUCGUGUGGAUGAUUUCAGUGACUCUGAGAAACGGAUUCUACAUCGUCUGGUAUCUUCAGUUCAAUAAAAUCCUGUAAUUUCUUUGAAAUGUUUGAGUCAGACUCAUCAAAUUAAACAAAGCAGGAUGUUUG